AUGGCGUUUUCCCGACGUCCCCUUGGAAUCCUUGGGAUCCUUGGGAUCUCGCUUCCCCUUCUUCUCUCCACUUUUCCUUCUCGAAAGAGUUCAGAGUUGAAACGGCCGAGCACUCGUUGGUGGCCUCUCCUCUCGACGGAAGUCCCUGGGCUCUGUACUCCUCACUCACGGUCCAGGGCUCAGUCCUUGACUCCUCCUAGCCAGACUCACACAGCACACCUCGCUGCUCAGGCAGAUGCUCCUUGUGGCUCCCGAAUACAUACCUACGAAUACACUAUUCGUGUGGGCUCAACCCAACUUGCCAAUCACCCACCCACACCCCCUCUCCACGAUCGAAGUUUCGAUAAUCCUUCUCAGUGCUGCCCUGCUGGUGCUAUUACCAAGGGUCACGGAACAUCAAACCGAUCAUCGUCUGCGCCUAUUCGUACCUCACCAGCGGGGUUCGAUGAAGCGGGCCACCAUCUCCAGCUAUGA